AUGGAUUUACUACAACAUCGUUCUGUAACUAUUCGAUCAAUUCAAAAAAUAACUGAAAUAAUUAUUGCAAAUCCUGGAGCUGCAAAAUCAUACCCAAAAGGCAAAAAUGAACCUUCGCCUUUGGAUAAACUCUGGAAUUUUGUUAAAUCGGAAUCUGGAAUCAUUUCAUCAAACGCUGUUAACAAAUUAGUUGAACUUGUUCAAAAGGGAAUUGUUAAUUGGAUUGAUGCUCUUAACGGAUUAACAGAUGCACUAUCAACUCUCUCAGGAAUUUCUCUUGAUAAUGCUAUAAUAGGUAUAACUGAAAUAUUAUCAAAUCAAGCGUGCAUAGGUGAAUAUUAUUUUAAUCAUGGGAGGCAUCCUUUUAUAAUUGCGAUGACAAUUAAACCCGAACAAACAUGCACCAUCUUGCUUUCUCAACUUGAAAAGAUUUUUGAUAUUUCUAGAAUAAGAUUUGUUGAACCUAACACUCCUCAAAAAAAGUCUGUGUAUAUUGAAAAUUUAUUGAAUAUGAUGAAGCCAUUUUUUGAUCAUAUUCUGUUAGAUGGAAUGAAAGAAAAUCUUGAAUUUCAAAAGUAUUGGUCCUCAGUAUUAAUGCAAUUCUUAAUUCAUUUGAUUUAUCAAGAUGCCGAUGAUGAGUUUUACUGGACCUUUAAAGAACAUUUAUUAGAAUAUUUACUCUCAGUUGUUCAAAGAGUACCAUUAACACCUAUUUUUACUAACUCUACAAAAAAUUUUAUCACAUCUAACUCUAUAUACAUUCUUAUACAGUCUCUUGUUCAAAUUGUGGGAGUAAAUUUUAUUCAAAAUGGUUUGAAUGAAACAUUUUUGCAAAAGUUUAACAAUACCCUUGGAACUCAGAUUUUGGCACUUGCUUGUGAUGCGCAACAUGCUAAUUUAUCAACAAACCAUUAUAUUUCGUUAUUUUACAAAAUAUCAAUACCUCAAGGUUCUUUAAAUCAUUUAUCACAAUCAAGCUUUAUUUUAAUCUGGCCAACAUUCUCUUUUCUGCUCCUUGAUACUCAAUCUAGUGAUAACCAAUUAAUGAUUCUCGAGAUUAUGCAAAAACUAAUUGAGCUCAAAUUAAAGAAUAUAAAUGAUUGUGAUGUUCCACCUCCAUUAGUUGGUGUCGCAAUUUUACCCUUAUUCCAAGUGAUUUCUGAUGUGGAAAAGAGUACUACAAGGAAUACUGCUAUGGAAAUACUUUUGAUGGUUCAAAAAUUUCAAACAUUACAAUAUACGCCCUUGGAAUUUAAUGAGCAGAUUUCCAUUCUUCUCAAAUUACCGUGUAUCACUGGAACAAUAGCAUUAAUAUUAUCCGAAAUUAAUUGUCUUUUAAAUUCUUAUUCUUCACCCUCUUCGUAUGAAUUUAAAAAUUUAGAUUCUUAUUUUUCUACACUAUUUUAUGUACCUUAUUUAUUUCAUCACGAUGUUGCCACAAGAAUUUUAGCUUUAGAUUAUUUGAUUUCAAUAAUUAAUAGCGAUUUUGCUUUGAUUCAAACACAAAAAUUUCCUAUUUUUCUGUUGAUUCUUUAUGUUUUACGUAAUGAUGGUGACACUUUGAUUCACCUUCACAUUUUGCACCAUGCUUUACCUUCAUUGAUUUCGACUACAGAUCCAACUAUUACUGCAAAAAUUUUGAAAAUUACUAUGGGUCUUGUUCAAGGACAGGAAAUAAAAAAGGAAACAAAUUUAAACGCAGUUGGUAUCAGAAUGCUAUAUAAACUCUGGUUGAGACAAAGAAGAUGUUGGAAACAAUUAAGAUUCAUAUUAUCAGAAUGGACAAAGGAAAGAAAACUAGAAACAUCUGCAUAUGAUGAUACUAAACGUGAAAGAUUUGAAAUUGAGUUGGCAGCUUUAUCAACUAUUAGAGACAUUUGUAAAUCCAAAGGAAGAGAUUAUGCCGAAGAAUUACUUCCUUUCAUAUCAAGUUUACUUCAAUCUGUAAUCUUACAUCCAAAGAGCUUAUAUUUGGUUAUAGAAGCACUAAAUGCUUGUGUAGAGGCCAAAGUAGUAGAAACUAGAGCAGUUUGGAUUGUAUUAAUGUCUUAUAUUGCUGAUGCCAUUAUGCAAACUGAUCCUUUGAAUAUACAUUUAAUCUCGAAAUUGUGCGAGUUUUACAAAUUAAUUGUACAGCAUGACGAUGACACUGUCGCUUACAAUGAAUUCAAGCAGAAUAUAUUAGAAUCAAACUUGUGUCCACUUAUAUUUCCUCAAAAAAUUCUUUAUACUUCAGAGACAGAUCAAGAAGUUCUUAUUGAUGAUUCUAUUGUGUUUAAAAUUCAACAAAACUUUAUGAUCCUUAAACAUGGUCUUAUUACCAUUUCACAAUUUAACGCAACUGAUAUAUUGUCAAUCUUUCCUGUAUCAUCCGAAACAUUAUUAUCUCAAAUUUUUAAUUCAAAUGAGAGAUCUUGGAAUUUGAGUCAAGUUGAAGAAUGGCAAUUUGUAUUAAGCAAGAUUAUUUCCCAUGAAGUUUAUAAUAUGAGACGAAAUCUAUUAAGGGGCGUCUCUGUUGAAGCUAGUAGUGGUGGUAAAUCGGCCACAUCAAAAUCCGACAAUACUAAUGUUUUUCAAAGUAGAAAGGAGAAAAUUGAAUCAAUUGCUACAAAAAUUGUGAAUGAAUGGGAAAUAGGUUUGGUUAGCCCUGGUUUACGGGCUGGAUAUGCAUUGGCUUCAUUGAUCUGUUUUAAUUCACAAAUGGAUAAUUCUAAUAAAUCAAGAUCACAAACUUUAAGUGAAAUAAAGGAUCUCAAAACAACAAGAUUUUAUAAGUUGAUGGCAAAUGCUAUUCAAGAUAUUAAUUUAACGGAUCAUUGGGUAAUAAGAUUAGGCAUUGUAGCAAAUUGGUGCAAUUUUUUUGAAAAAGGAUUGCGAGAAUUGUCCUAUACUACUUCAGAAAGUGAAGAUGAAAUAAUAAAAGUUUUAAUAGAAGAUUUAAUGAAGCGACUAGAUGAUGCAAGGUUUCCUUAUACUUGUCAAAAUAUAAUUUUGGCUCUUAUAGGAUUAUGUCUCUCACUCAAAUCGUUAAAUGUGUCAUCAACUCAACAAUAUGCUACAACAACAUUACGAUAUUUAUCCACAUUAACAAUUAUGAAUGAAAAAUUGGUACAGGAAGUGGUCGAUACUUUAGUUACAAAAUUAAGUGAAGAUAAAACUUCUACAACAGGAUGGGCUUUAUUUGGUGCAGGAUAUUCACUUGGAACACUUUUAUCUUAUCUUGCUUCAUUUCCAAUGAAGACGUCUUUAAUGUCAAAUAUUUGUUCACAAACGGUGUCAUUUCUUUAUGAUUUAAUUUCAAGUACAUCUUUAGAUAAUUUAGGCCCAACUAAUUUAUACUUGGGUAUUAUGAUUGGAUUGUCAAAUGUUGAUUGUGAUGAUGAACCUGAAACUGAACGAAUAUAUCAGAUGGCAUUAUCAGAUUUAAAGAAAUUUGUUGAGAAUAAUGGAAAAAUUGAUGAAAAUAUCAAAAGUAGAAUUGCUGGAUCUGCAUGGUUUGUCAGUUUUUCAAGAGGUAAAGGUCUAAACGAAGAAAUUAUAGAGAUUUUAGAAAAAGCAACAAAAAUUUCAGGGGCUAGAAAAGAGAUGUCCGAAUAUCAUUUUCAUUUUUCUCAAUCUUAUUCGCAUGUUUUACAAGAUAUUCUCCAAGUUAAACAAUCAUCGCAUAACUUGUCAUCCUUUAAUGCAAAUGUAAAUUCAUGUACUCACACACUCACAACAGCUGGUACAAGUUCAUCAAAACGACAUACUGCUUUAAUAACAAUAGGAUCACUUGCAGGUGUUGACUACUUUUCGCUUCCAUAUCACGCACGAAAUAGAAAUUUUUAUUUCUUUUCAUCAGCAUCUUCUGCUAUUGUUACCCAAGUUUUGGAUAUAUUACAGAAUGUUGCAGAACUUGGAUCACAAGCUUCAUCUUUAGAAAUGACUAUGAGUGAUGUUAAAGGUGGAAGAUUAGCUGUAAUUAUUUUGGGACAAUUAAUGCAAGUUAUUGAAAGAAUAUCUGAAGAUACUGCAAUGCUUGUUGGUGACUCUGCAAGAUCUAUUACAAGUAGUACUGAACCUAAAGACUAUUCCAGAUUACCUGCUUCGAGUUAUUUGAAAUCUUUGUUUGAUCGACUUGUAUGGAUUUCAUUAGAGAGUUCACCACCUGAUUCGUCUAUUGAAGCAGCGAGUUUGAUAAUUUCUACAUUCUCUAAAAUAAGCACUAUACUUCCACCAGUAAACUGGUUUCCUCUCUUUGUUCGAUUCAAUGAACCUGCAUUCAUGAAAUUUAAUUUAAAAUAUCUAAUCGUUACAAUGGCAAUACAACAUUGUUCACGUUCUGUAUCAUUAAUGGAAUUCCUUGUACACAUAUUAAUUGAAUUUCCAAAUAUAUAUUCAGAUAAUAAUAUCGAUAUAAAAUUUAAAACUUUUCUUAUUUGUGAAGGACUUGGAAAAAUUCUCGAAUUAUGUGGAUUUGAAAAAACUACUCAAACAAUUAAAGAAACUGAUGACAAACAAUCUACUCAAAUGCGAGGAGUAGAAAGUAUUGCAAAAAAAGUAGUAGUACCAAAUUCUCGAGUAAUAGAUAUUGUCGAUAAAAUGACAUCUUGUUUAUUUGGCAAUUCAAUUAAUCCAGAAAAUGAGCAAGAACUUAUUAAAUUAUUAAAAGUUGUUUAUUAUAAGCUUUCGAUACCUUUAACAGAAAAUCAAGCUCAGAUAAUUCGUCUUGCAACACAAUCCUGCAUCUUCUUCAUUGAAGAUACGAAUGAUGAUAAUCUUAUAAAAAGCACUAUCACCAUCUGCGCAAUGUCUGAAUUAGGUCGUAUUGAUGUUACAAAGCACCUAGCAAGAAUUUUGCAAAAUUGUUUGACCACAUUUAAUGAUAAGAUUCACAUUGAAACUUUACCUUAUUCCUUGCCUUUCGCAUGGAUACAUAGAGCUAUUUAUGUUAACAUACAUGGCAAUAAUAAAUCUGAAAAUAGCAAAAGAAAGAUAUGUUUGGAAUGGUUAGUUAGAAUACUGGAUGUAUUAAUAGUAUUAGCUACACCACGACAAAAAAAACAAUUACAAUUUGAAGAAGAUAUAUUGGAGUGUGGUGUAAAAAUAGCAUUAAGUGGAUUAGUAAAUUUAUGUUGGAAGAAAUCCUCAAACAUAUUAACAAAUUCAUUCAUGUUUACAAAUUAUGAAGCUUGGAAUGAAAAAUUUUUAAAAGUUGUGCAAGAUGUUGUAAGUGUACGAAAGUUGUCAAUAUUAAUUCCUAAAGAAUUUACUUCAAAUGAGGAGUCAAUUGAUAUUGUACAAAAACAGAUUAUUAAAAGGUUGCUUAAACUUCUUGAACUUAGUAAAGAGAUGACAUCAAAAGGUCGAGAAAGUUAUUUUAUUUUCUAUUCCAUCUUAAUACGGCUAAAAGUUUUUAUUUCAGAUGAUAAUUAUCGAGCAUUAUUAAUUGGUGAUAUUCAUUGUUCUGAUAUGUAA